AUGCCCCCCGCGGGCUCACCGUCUGGUGACUUAGGCCAGCGCGUGGCAGCCUGCCUGGUACUGGUCAGUCUGUUGCUGCCGCUGUCCCUUGGGUCUCCUUCUCCUCCUCUGGAGUUCGCAGACAUUAAUGGGCACAAAUAUGACCAACUCGAAACUCACUGGACCAACACACAAAAGGACUCUGCGCUCCAACAGCUUCUUUCCCAGGGACUCCUGGGCUGCCAGAUCAGCCACUGGCCUGGCCCUGCUUGUAACGCCCACUCUGGUCAGGGAUCAGGGGCUCUGGCACUCCUUCACCAUCCAGAAACAAGCAGACACAUCCAGAAAGUCCAGAUGAAUGAACAGUGCUAA